CCUGCGCAGGAUCACGCGCGGCGCCGACGCCGGCGAGGAGGCUACGGACAGCUCGCGGUGUGUGCGCGCACGCACGGGCGCACGCCUCGGGAAGCAUCGAGUCCCGGACGCCCAGCGCGGCCCGGAGCAGGGGGAAGGGAGGCGCGGCUCGGGCGGCGCGGGCGGAGGGGGCGUGAGGCCGCCCUACGGUGGCCGUCGAGGGAAGAAGUUACGGCGCCCACGCUGGGCCAAACGCCCCCGGCGGCCGCGCCGCAGCGCGCCUUCCUCCGCCGGGCGACCCCAGCCCGGGACGCGUGAGCCACCCCCGCAGCCGCCCCGCCGGCCCCCCAGCUGCGCGCCCCGGCACCAUGCGGCCGCCCUGCGCACGGAGCCCCGGGGGACAGGGGCGCCCGCAGGCCCGGCCUCCAGCACCGCCGGCCGGCCCCGAAGUCCGGGACGCCGGCGCCGCCGCGGAGAGGGCACCGGGCCGACGCCUCCCCUGAGGCUCAGCUGCGGGCUCCCAGGCCUAGGCGCCCAUGACCCCUACGCUGACCGCGCCUGGACGCCACCGCCGGGGCCCAAUGCCGGUCAUGCCCAUCCCGCGGCGGGUGCGCUCCUUCCACGGCCCGCAUACCACCUGCCUGCAUGCGGCCUGCGGGCCCGUGCGCGCCUCUCACCUGGCCCGCACCAAGUACAACAACUUCGACGUGUACAUCAAGACGCGCUGGCUGUACGGCUUCAUCCGCUUCCUGCUCUACUUCAGCUGCAGUCUGUUCACCGCAGCGCUCUGGGGCGCGCUGGCUGCGCUCUUCUGCCUGCAGUACCUGGGCGUGCGCGUCCUGCUGCGCUUCCAGCGCAAGCUGUCGGUGCUGCUGCUGCUGCUGGGCCGCCGGCGUGUGGACUUCCGCCUGGUGAACGAGCUGCUCAUCUACGGCAUCCACGUCACCAUGCUGCUGGUGGGGGGCCUCGGCUGGUGCUUCAUGGUCUUCGUGGACAUGUGAGGGCCGUGGGCGCGAGCUGGAUUCAUUGUCCUGGCCUGUGGCUGUGUUUUCUCCAAGGGUGGGGUUGGCCAGCACCUUCCCUUCUGCCCAUCCCGCAGGCAGGCACCGCUGCCUGGGUGCCCGCGGAGAGAAAAGAAAGGGCUGAGACUUAACGUGGUGGGGGUGCGGGUGCUGCCCCUAGGCUGGCUAACUGCACCCACCCUCCUCUCGUGCACUCAGGGGCGGCGCCCACCUCCCGGUGGCUCCUGCUCACACGUCUUCAGGUUGUACUUCGGAGUAGGCCUCUCUCCAGGACCACACCUGCCAGGGACUUUAGACAUCACCCUGGGAGACCCCUGGACACAGAGGACUGUGUGCCCAAGAGCAAAUCCUGAGGGCCUCCCUCACUGACACACCACACACUGCCACAAAGCUGCUCACUCUGCCAGGGGCCAUCUGAGGCCUGGCACUGCCCUCUGUCACCCUGAAGGGCUGUGGGUCCUGAGUCCCAGGCCAGCCUUCAGAGUCUCCUUGGUUGUGUAGAUGCAGUCUAGCAGGGGCCUCCGCAGGUUCCCAGCUCGGGGGCUAGCCUGGGGGAACCCUGAGAGCCAGGGGACCGACUCCAGCAACACUGGCCUGUCUGCCUGUUCCGAGAGGGCUGUCAAAAUGUCCCGUAGAAUCUGUGGAUUUCUGGGGAGGCAUCUCCAUUCCUUUCUGGCUUUUCUUGCCGGGAGUGGGGGAUUGGGCCUCUUUAUUUGAGGGAACACCCUCAAAGGAAGCCUGGGAGAUGGAGGCUGCAGUGAGCUGGGAUGGAGACUUUGUCCUGAGUGUCUGGAGCAGGGAGCGGAGGCUUCAGUGCGGCAACCACUGACCUGGAGCCUGUGUGGCACCAGCAGCCUCUUGCAGCCCCGGGCAUAUGCCAAGGUUCUACCCACGCCGUCCUCCAGUGACUGGGGGCUCUGGAUGACAGCACAGGGGCAGGGGGCUGGAGGGGCGCAGGUGCCUGUGUUCAGGGAGGGUGGCCACCGUGGGCCAGGCUCUCACCUAGGGCAGCAUGCUCUGUUCCUCAGCCUUGCAGCCACUGCACCACUAUGGCAACUGCCCACAGCUGUGUGACUUUGGGGGCAGAUGGGAGGGCGGCCUGAAUGAUGAUUGCAGGGACGACGGCAGAGGCCGCCCUGGAGCAGGACACAGGUUGGCAGCGCUCAGAUGGUGACCCUAGCUUCACACCAGUCCAUGUCCCCACAUCCGGGCAUGGGUGGACCCUGCCAGGCGGACCAGUGGCCCAGGAGCCGUGAGGACAGUUGUGUGCCGCCGGAAGAAAAACUUUUGGAGAAACCCUAAAUCAGGUAGAGAAAGCAAAAAAAUACUUGGCCAUAAACCGUGCUCUCUGAUUUGUUGGCAGCUUCUGUGGAUGACCUCCGAGGAGCCCCGCGGCGUCCAGACCCCGGGCAGGUGGGCGGGGAGCUUCCUUGCGGGGGUCUCAUUUCUUGCUGCAGAGAAUCUUUUGCACUAAGUCACGCUAUUUCCUCAAAGAAGCUUUGUUUUUUGUUAACGUGUUACUCAGAGUCGCCCAAGCCCCUUGGCAGAGGGAGAAGGAGUGGCGGGAGGGGCUGGCGGUGCUGCUCACUGGGUGUCAGCACCGCAGGGAGGGGCAGCACCCUGGUGCGCUCUGAGCACCUGGCUGCCUGCUGUCCCCAGUGCCUGUGAAUUCGUCAUGAGAUGAACCACCUGCAUUAAACCUAUUUUUUUAACAUGUU